AUGAAUAAAAAGGUUAUCAAAGACUAUAAACUAUUUCUGAUUGUUGGAGUCCUCUUGGUGGUUGACGGUGUAAUGCUAGGAACAUGGUGGGGUAUGGAUCCUUUCCAUAUCGCAAGCAAAGAACUCUCACAUUCGAUCGAGGGAGAUUAUGAAAUUGUCCCGAUUGUUGAAUCCUGUGCAAGCGAAUACAUGACUAUCUGGAUGGGUCUUAUUUAUGCAUACAAGGGACUUUUACUGGUCAUUGGUUGUUUUCUGGCCUGGGAAACACGUCACGUGAGCAUCCCAGCCCUUAACGACUCCAAAUAUAUCGGCAUGAGCGUAUACAAUGUUGUCAUCAUGUGCACUUGUGGAGCAGCCGUUUCGAUCAUCAUUAAAGACCAGCCCACAUCUGCUUUCAUCAUUAUUGGACUCUUCAUCAUCUUCUCUACCACCAUUACCCUGUGCCUUUUAUUCGUCCCUAAGGUGAGUAGCAGGCAUUUUCAAUUCCUUCAUACCAUAUUCAAAUGGUUUACUCUCGUUUCCAGCUGGCUAUCGAUCCGUGUUACAUAA